AUGGAUCCGAAGCAGGGCUCGUCGCACUCCGGCGAGCGGAAGAACCUCAAGCGGAAACUGGCGGACUCCGCGUGCCCCUCAGGCUCGGAAGACAGCGGCGCGUUGGCGACGGCGGAGGUUCAGGCGCACAUCGCGGUGCUCAAGGGCUCGCUGACGUGGCGGGAGGCGGAUCGCGUGGCGGCGCGGAAAGCGGCUCAUGCAAUAGCGGAGCUCGCGAAGCACGAGGAGCACGUGGACGCCAUAGUGGAGGAGGGUGCCAUCCACGCGCUCGUGCCGCACCUGUCAGCGCCGGCAGUGGAGGAGGGUGACGGGCCCAUCGCGUGCGAGCACGAGGUCGAGAAGGACGCGGCGUUCGCACUCGGCCUGCUCGCCAUCAAGCCCGACCACCAGCGGCGAAUAGCGGACGCGGGCGCCCUCCCUGCGCUGGUAGCUCUGCUAAAGCGGCGGCCAGGCCAACCGUCCGCGGCAUCCGCAGCAGCCGCGCCCGCAUCAACGCCAACCGCCCUCGGUCUCGCCCCCGCAGGCACCACAGACGGCGCAGCGGCAGCAGGCGCGCAUGCAGGCGGGGCGGGUGGGGCAGGCGCGGGGGCAGGCGGAGCGUGGGCGGAGGGGGGGAGCGGGGCAAACCCUGCAUUGGCGCGCGUGGUGAAUGGCGUGGUGCGGCGGGCAGCAGACGCUCUCACGAAUCUGGCGCACGAAAAUGCAACCAUCAAGAGCCGAGUCAGAGCGGAGGGCGGCAUUCCACCGCUGGUGGAGCUGCUAGAGUCGCUGGACCCCAAGGUGCAGCGCGCUGGGGCGGGCGCUCUCAGAACACUCGCCUUCAAGAACGAGGCCAACAAGAACCUGAUAGUGGAGUGUGGGGCGCUGCCAACGCUCAUCUUCAUGCUGCGAUCGGAGGACACGGGCAUUCACUACGAGGCGGUGGGGGUGAUAGGCAACCUGGUGCACUCGUCGAUGAACAUCAAGAAGCUCGUGCUGGAGGAGGGAGCAUUGCAGCCAGUCAUCGGGCUGCUCAGCUCGCGGUGCACGGAGAGUCAGCGGGAGGCAGCGCUGCUGCUGGGGCAGUUCGCCACCACAGACCCCGAGUGCAAGGUGCGCAUAGUGCAGAGGGGGGCAGUGCGGCCGCUCAUCACGAUGUUAGAGGCGCCUGACCCGCAGCUCAGGGAAAUGGCCGCCUUCGCCCUCGGCCGGCUGGCGCAGAACGCGGACAACCAGGCGGGCAUAGUGCACGACGGGGGGCUGCGGCCGCUGCUGGAGCUGCUGGAGUCGAAGAACGGCAACCUGCAGCACAACGCCGCCUUCGCACUCUAUGGGCUCGCUGACAACGGGGACAACGUAUCAGAGGUGGUGCGAGAGGGCGGAGUGCAGCGGCUGGUGGAUGCGGAGCUGAUCGUGCAGGCCAGCAAGGACUGCGUGCAGAAGACACUCAAGCGCCUCGAAGAGAAGAUGGAGGGCAAGGUCCUGCGGCAUCUGCUGUACCUGCUGAGGCAAUCAGACAAGAGCGUGCAGCGGCGCGUGGCAGCAGCGCUGGCACACCUGUGCCCCGAGGGGCAGCAGCGGGCCAUCUUCGUGGGGGCGGGCGGGCUGGACAUUCUGCUCUCCAUGCUCGCCUCGCCGCCCUCGCCCCGCCUGCAGCGCGAUGCUGCUGUGGCCCUGCGCACGCUCAGCAAGCGCGCCACCACACUCAACCCCAUCGACACUGCCCCACCACCGCCCACGCCCCAGGUGUAUCUGGGCGAGCAGUACGUCAACUGCCCCACGCUCUCCGACGUCACCUUCCUCGUUGAAGGCACGCGCUUCUACGCGCAUCGAAUCGCCCUGCUCGCCUCCUCCGAUGCCUUCCGAGCCAUGUUUGACGGCGGCUACCGGGAGGAGAAGGAGGCCAAGGACAUAGAGAUCCCCAACAUUAGCCUGCCCGUUUUCGAGAGCAUGAUGAGGUGCAUAUACACGGGGGCGGUGGAGGUGCGGCCAGAGAUGGCGCAGGACCUGCUGAGGGCGGCAGACCAGUACCUGCUGGAGACGCUCAAACGCCUCUGCGAGCACGCCAUCGCACAGGAUCUGACGGUGGAGAACGUGGCGAAUGUGUAUGAGCUGGCGGAGACGUACCAUGCGCAGUCGCUGCGGCAGAUGUGUGUGCUCUUUGUGCUGGACCACCACGAGCAGAUGUGCAACCUCCCAGGGUACAAUGCAUUGCUGCAGCGCAUGGUCCCAGAGACCCGUGAGUAUAUCUCCCGUGUGCUUCGGCCUCGUCUGCCCUGA